AUGGAUCCUAACCCUAAUCAGGCCAUGCCUCCCAGGCUUCAUGCUGUGAGUUGGGCCACACGUGUCCAAAUGUUUUCUUUUUGCACAACUCCAGUAAACUCUGGGCCUGGCCAAACAAGUCCAACACUGAAAGUCAUGUCUAUUGAUCUGACUUCAGUAUACUGUUGGGCCAAACCAACCCCCUCCACACCCCAUCUCCCCCACCCUCUCCCCAUAUCACCCUCAAUACAUACCCCUCUCUCCCCACACACACCCACCUCUCCCCCUCUACCUCGUCCCCCCUCCAACCCUAUUCCCCCCCCCCCAACACACUCACACACCCCUCUCCCCCUCUCUAAACAGUAAAUCUCUCUAAAAUUGGAAUGGGAGAAUCCUCCAAAGUGCAUUGGUCAUUAACUUCCCCUGCAUGUGGAGAGGCAGAAGAGGGGUUUCCAUUUGAGGGGAGACGGGGGAAUUAUCUAAAAGAUGGAGAAGGAGUGGGAGAUAUAUUUUGUUUUGUUUUGUCCCCCCCCCAUUCCCCCACAUUUCGUUUUUGGGAAUGGAUCAAGAUCCUUCUCAGGACUGCUCUCUGUUCAUAUGAAGUGAAGUUUGACUGGCAGGCUCAUAUCUGCCGGUAACCGUGGUAACGUGAGGCUCUGCUGUGGGGGGAGGAGCAGGAAGAGGACAGCCAAGAGAACAGCACACUUAGAAAGGUCAGAGGUCAUGGUCCCCAGGAAGACAACACAAUGCAGCCUCUUGCUCCAACAUAACGCCUACACACAGGCAAUGUUCCAAAUGGCACCCUAUUCCCUAUAUAGCGCACUACUUUUGAGCAGGUCCCAUAGGACUCUGGUCAAAAGUAGUGCACUAUAUAGGGAAUAGGGUGCCAUUUGGGACAUUGGCGGAGAGAUCAUUCACGCAGGGCCGAGCCAAGAGCUCGUCCGAUUACAUGGCUUACAUAACUCAUACAGAACUCAACAUACUGAAAUCAUCAGCAUUAAGAUUGAUGAUAAGAUUAUCAUAUUUACUUAUAUUUCAAGUUCGUGUCACAUGAUUUGUGGUUGGUCUGAGUUGAAGUUCAGGCCUUUUCAUUUCAUCCAGACAGAUGUUCAGUUUGAUGACUGGACAGAUCUUGGCCGGAGAGAUCAGUAAGGGGUCAAAGACUUGGAAGGUGUUAGACAUGUAAAAUUGAAACAAGAAAAGGGAUCCAGAUUUUUACAGUUGAAUUGAGUUGAAAUUGUUGGAGUGGAUCCACAUGUAUCCACAAUCUGCUUGAACCAUAGAAAUAAUCACAUUUUCACAUUUACAGUGGUCUCACAGGUCCAUAAUGAAACACAGAUAGCUCUCUACUUUGUUUUGGGUUUGCUCAAGCAGUUUUCAGCUAUUUUAGGGAGACCACAUCCCUCUCCCUUCUCCAUUGGAGCAGACAGCAACCGUUGGCAACAGAUACAGGCCUUUCAAGCCUAUCUGUACUAUAGAGUAACAGAUACAGGCCUUUCAAGCCUCUCUGUACUAUAGAGUAACAGAUACAGGCCUUUCAAGCCUAUAGAGUAACAGUACUGUAAAUUAUUAGCGCUAACCCAACUGUCAAGUUCACUGCAAAUAUCAGUAACUGUUAGCAAAACAUUGUAUUAUAACUGUAUUAUCCAGGACUAUAUAUCAGUGUUAUGGCUAAGCUAAGUGUCCUCUGGCUCUGGCCUCCUACCUUACAUUUCCUUCUCUACUGACUCCCUGAAGAAAUCUGGUGUAGGACAGGAGGGAUACGGGGGGAGAGAGAGGAGGGAGAGGAGAGAGGAGAGGAGAGGAGAUGAGAGGGAGGGAGAGAGGAGAGAAGGAGAGGGAGGGGAGGGAGGGAGGGGGGGGGGGGAUGGGAGGGGGAGGGGGAGGGAGGAGCGGGGAGGGUGAGGGAGGGGAGGAGAGGGGAGGGAGGGAAGCGGGAGGGGGAGAGAGAGAGAGAGAGAGGAGGGAAGAGGAGAGAGAGGAGAGAGGGAGGGGGGGUGAGGGAGGGAGGGAGAGAGAGAAGAGAGAGAGAGAGGGAGAGAGAGGAGGAGAGGAGAGAGAGAGAGAGAGAGAGAGAGAGAGAGAGAAGAGAGACAGAGAGGAGAGAGAGGAGGGAGGGAGAGACAAAGGAAGAGCUUCUGCAGAGAACAGGGGAUGAUUUCCACACUGAGGAUAACUGAGAUCCAAGAAGACAAUUAAGAGACCAGGCUCCUGUAUGAACUCAUAGAAAAACCCAGAGAGAAAGAGACAGACCCGGUCUGGAGGCUUCACAGCAGAUCUUCUCUUCUCUGGGCUCUGCUCUCUGUUCAGUCUUCAAAAGGGACAUGAUGAAUCGUAGGAUCUGUGAGUGUAUGAAUGGAAUUAGGAACAGAACUGUCACUGAGGAUGUAAGGCUUCCACUUGGUGUCUGGAAGUUCUCAGUGGAGGGUACUUUUGUGGAGUGGGCCCGAUGAGAGUGGGUAGGAAAGGGGGAAAAAAAGGGAGAGAGAGAGAGAGAAGAGAGAGAGAGAGAGAGAGAGGAGAGAGAAAGUACUCUCUGAUCCUCUCUCUCUGUCUCUCUCUCUCUCUCUCUCUCUCUCUCUCUCUCUCUCUCUCUCUCUCUCUCUCUCUCUCUCUCUCUCUCUCUCUCUCUCUCUCUCUCUCUCUCUCUCCCUCUCUCAGAAGUGACUCUGGAGUGUUUCAACCAGUCUUUCUAGACCUCAGCCUCCCCUCUCUCUUCUUCUCUCAUCUCAUCAGAGAGAGCGAGAGAGGGAUGGCGUUCCUCUGGUUUCUGGUUUCCCAGAGUUUUCACUCCAGUUCGGAAGAACAGACCAGAACUUCCUCACUUCCUGGUCAUCCACCAUUGGUCACAAUCUGGAGGCUAUGCAGCUAAGCCCACAGUGUCCCCAAUCAUGGGUCGCGUCCCCAAAUGGCACCCUAUUCGCAGAGCAUCAUGGGGGGUUUGCAUGUGUUGAGAUGAGCACGUUCAUUUAAAUGGUCUCCCGUCUCAUCAUCAUUUAAUUGUUAUAAAGACGUGGUUAUGACACCCACGAGACAUAACGGUUUCCUCCCAGAGAUGGAGUCUCGACCCUCCUACCCUCGCCUGUCAUUGGGAAGUUAUAAAGAGUGUCUCUACUGGCAGGAACGCGGUGUCCUGGAAUAAAUUGCUUCCAGGAUGUUUGAGGAUUGAUUAGUGAUUUUUCUCCGGCCAGAUUGCAGCAGAAAUAAUGAAAAUAUUUCCCAUUUUGGCUCAAAACUCCUCUCAGAGAAUGAUUAAUAUAGUAUGAUUAUUGGACUGUUAGGGUAUUAUUAGCACGUGAGAAAGAGUGUGUAAUCAUAACAGCUAAGUGUGGGGUAAAUGUUUGUUCUGAUCAUGGCAUCUAACUCAGUUGUGAAGCUCAUAGCCUGCUGUAGGUAGAGUACAGGAGAGCUAACAGUCUGCUAGGUGGGGUACACGUAUGUGUCGUCCAGGGUGGGUGAGGGAACGGCCCGGCAGGGAUGUACAGUGGGGAAAAAAAGUAUUUAGUCAGCCACCAAUUGUGCAAGUUCUCCCACUUAAAAAGAUGAGAGAGGCCUGUAAUUUUCAUCAUAGGUACACGUCAACUAUGACAGACAAAAUGAGAAAAAAAUAUCCAGAAAAUCACAUUGUAGGAUUUUGUAAUGAAUUUAUUUGCAGAUUAUGGUGGAAAAUAAGUAUUUGGUCAAUAACAAAAGUUUCUCAAUACUUUGUUAUAUACCCUUUGUUGGCAACGACACAGGUCAAACGUUUUCUGUAAGUCUUCACAAGGUUUUCACACACUGUUGCUGGUAUUUUGGCCCAUUCCUCCAUGCAAAUCUCCUCUAGAGUAGUGAUGUUUUGGGGCUGUCGCUGGGCAACACGGACUUUCAACUCCCUCCAAAGAUUUUCUAUGGGGUUGAGAUCUGGAGACUGGCUAGGCCACUCCAGGAUCUUGAAAUGAUUCUUACGAAGCCACUCCUUCGUUGCCCGGGCGGUGUGUUUGGGAUCAUUGUCAUGCUGAAAGACCCAGCCACGUUUCAUCUUCAAUGCCCUUGCUGAUGGAAGGAGGUUUUCACUCAAAAUCUCACGAUACAUGGCCCCAUUCAUUCUUUCCUUUACACGGAUCAGUCGUCCUGGUCCCUUUGCAGAAAAAACAGCCCCAAAGCAUGAUGUUUCCACCCCCAUGCUUCACAGUAGGUAUGGUGUUCUUUGGAUGCAACUCAGCAUUCUUUGUCCUCCAAACACGACGAGUUGAGUUUUUACCAAAAAGUUCUAUUUUGGUUUCAUCUGACCAUAUGACAUUCUCCCAAUCCUCUUCUGGAUCAUCCAAAUGCACUCUAGCAAACAUCAGACGGGCCUGGACAUGUACUGGCUUAAGCAGGGGGACACGUCUGGCACUGCAGGAUUUGAGUCCCUGGCGGCGUAGUGUGUUACUGAUGGUAGGCUUUGUUACUUUGGUCCCAGCUCUCUGCAGGUCAUUCACUAGGUCCCCCCGUGUGGUUCUGGGAUUUUUGCUCACCGUUCUUGUGAUCAUUUUGACCCCACGGGGUGAGAUCUUGCGUGGAGCCCCAGAUCGAGGGAGAUUAUCAGUGGUCUUGUAUGUCUUCCAUUUCCUAAUAAUUGCUCCCACAGUUGAUUUCUUCAAACCAAGCUGCUUACCUAUUGCAGAUUCAGUCUUCCCAGCCUGGUGCAGGUCUACAAUUUUGUUUCUGGUGUCCUUUGACAGCUCUUUGGUCUUGGCCAUAGUGGAGUUUGGAGUGUGACUGUUUGAGGUUGUGGACAGGUGUCUUUUAUACUGAUAACAAGUUCAAACAGGUGCCAUUAAUACAGGUAACAAGUGGAGGACAGAGGAGCCUCUUAAAGAAGAAGUUACAGGUCUGUGAGAGCCAGAAAUCUUGCUUGUUUGUAGGUGACCGAAUACUUAUUUUCCACCAUAAUUUGCAAAUAAAUUCAUAAAAAAUCCUACAAUGUGAUUUUCAUGAUUUUUUUUUCUCUAUUUGUCUGUCAUAGUUGACGUGUACCUAUGAUGAACUUGCACAAUUGGUGGCUGACUAAAUACUUUUUCCCCCACUGUAGCUCAGUUGGUAGAGCAUGGCGUUUGCAACGCCAGGGUUGUGGGUUCGAUUCCCACGGGGGGGGGGGGGUCACUAACUGUAAGUCGCUCUGGAUAAGAGCAUCUGCUAAAUAACUAAAAUGUAAAUGUAAAAAUGUGAUGGUGUGAGAGGUUCCAGCCACGGAGCUGGCAUCCUACAAUAAAUAUUAGGCUCUAAGAGAGAGAGAGAGGGAGAGAGGAGAGAGGAGAGACUUUUCCAGCAACUCUUUCUCUCCAGUGUACCAUGUUCCCCUGGCCCCCCAAAAGGGAGGAAGAUUUGGCUUUUAGUUCUGUCUUUAUUUAUUUGUUGCUUGGUGAGUCCCAAAUAGCAGUCUGUGACCUGAGCUGUGACAGUCUCUGUUUUCUCUCGUGAGGACGUGCAGGCUUUAGCUGCUGUCAGAUUCACUGCAGUGACUAUCUCCGUGUAGAACAUGUCUGUACUGAGAGUCUAGGAGCAAACAGCUUUGUAAUCACCGCAGUGGAAUUUGCUGACGUGUGUUUUUCUGGUGUUUUUCUGGUGAAUUGGCACAGGUGUUUUGUGACUAUAAUAAAUUAAACAACAUUACAUAUUUUGUAUAUCACUCUCUUCUUAUCACUACUGCUUACUAUAUAUGAUAUUAGUUAGAUUUACAUUGAGCUGUUCCCAUCUGCUCCCCCCCCCCCCCCCCCCCCUCCUCUCUCACAGUUAGAUUUACCCUGAGCAAUUCCCACCAGGUGCUGACCCCCUCCUCUCUCACAGUUAGAUUUACCCUGAGCUAUUCCCACCAGGUGCUGACCCCCUCCUCUCUCACAGUUAGAUUUACACUGAGCUGUUCCCAUCUGGUCCUGACCCCCCCCCCCUGAUCCCCACUCUUAGCCGUGGCAGCAGCCAGGAGUUGCGGAGAGUUAUGUGGUCCGGCACUACGACGAUAUCAGUUAUAUCAAGGUGGCCCAGAGGAGGAACUUCAACCUGGAUCAGAGUUGGUAAAUCAGGCUCAGAGACCCUGGUGACAUCAUGAUGUUGGAGGGGAAGGUAGUCCUGAGAGGAGUGGAGGGAGGGAGGGAGGGAGGGAGGGAGGGAGGGAGGGAGGGAGGGAGGGAGGGAGGGAGAAAUACCUCCUUGGUGUGUUGCCUUAUCUGAACUGUUUAAUGAAACUCAGUGUUCUUGGCCCAGCAGACUCCCGUACUCACUCACCACUGACAGCUCCACACAACCCGGUUUUAUGAGUGGGCCUGUCCGGCCCGGCCCACAUGAAUGAAAGAUUAUAGGAACCAAUAUCCACGUUCUUUAUGCUUAAUUAUCGAAACCGUUAGGGGCCUUUGGUUUUUAAAAGACAAACAAUGAAAAAACACAACUGGGAAUAAUGUUUUCCAGAUGUUUCCGGCGCUACAUUACGGUCCUGCCACAUUCUUAGAGGAGGUUUACUUUAAACAAACGUAUCUUGGCAUGAUCGACAAAUAGAGAGGCUGUUUUAGAAAGGAUUCAUCAUUCAUUUUUAUGCUUAAAGUUUCAAAUGUUUUCAUCUCUGCCCAUCUGUUAAGGAAACAUGGACAUGUAUUACGAGGAGAGAGGAAAAAUACAUUUCAACUGUGAUCUGAUCUGUGAGAGGAAAUUAUCUACUGGGCAUCAGUCAUUCAGAGAGGCACACACACACACACACACACACACACACACACACACACACACACACACACACACACACACACACACACACACACACACAGUACACACACAGACACACACACCCACACUGAUUGACUGAUGUGCCCGUUUAGCGUUGAUGAAGCGGCCAGUUUAUAGCAGUCAUAUUUUUAAAUAGUUCUGUGAUGGAGAGGUUUGGAUAUGAAUCAGACAUUUAUGACACAGAUCCCUGGCUGUUCUCAGCAAGCUGCUAACUUCCCAGUAACAGCCCAGCACGCCUUGACUCUGACCCUGACUCCCACCAGGUACCACCUGCAGCAGCAUGCCCGGAGAGGACCAGCCCCAGGUCGGGUUACUGGAAGACCGCUCUGCUCCUCCUCGCUCGUAGUGGCGCGUCCCAAAUUGCACCCUAAUCCCCAUAACCUCUGGUCAAAAGUAGUGCACUAAGUAGAAAGUAGGGUGCCGUUUGGGAUACUGCUAUAUUACCUGUCCUCCUGACUCAUGGUGAGAGCUAUGAACCUCUCCACUGUGUAUAAUGAAUCAAAGGAUGCACGUGUUGGCUGAGGAUCUGUAACAACAAGAUGGUGUGUGGUGGUGAUCAACUGGUCUAACUGGACAGAACUAUAACGGGCCUCAGCAUCACGGUCUAACUGGACAGAACUAUAACGGGCCUCAGCAUCACGGUCUAACUGGACAGAACUAUAACGGGCCUAAGCAUCACGGUCUAACUGGACAGAACUAUAACGGGGCCUCAGCAUCACGGUCUAACUGGACAGAACUAUAACGGGCCUAAGCAUCACGGUCUAACUGGACAGAACUAUAACGGGCCUCAGCAUCACGGUCUAACUGGACAGAACUAUAACGGGCCUCAGCAUCACGGUCUAACUGGACAGAACUAUAACGGGCCUCAGCAUCACGGUCUAACUGGACAGAACUAUAACGGGCCUCAGCAUCACGGUCUAACUGGACAGAACUAUAACGGGCCUCAGCAUCACGGUCUAACUGGACAGAACUGUAACGGGCCUCAGCAUCACGGUCUAACUGGACAGAACUAUAACGGGCAGAACCAAAAACCAAUCAGCAUUCAGUAGAUAGCAGGUGAGGGCAUUUCUAACCAACCUCUCAGACCAGCUCCAGCUAGACGUUGAUCCAACUCCCUUCCCCUCCCCCUAAACAUAUGCAGUCCUCACGUGAGUGUGUGACCUCCCCUCUUACUUCAUUGAACCCUGUUAGGUGACCAUCAAUGACUGUUCCCCAUACCUUCCCUUCCAGCCCUCAGUCCAGACUGGUUCCCCAUACCUUCCCUUCCAGCCCUCAGUCCAGACUGGUUCCCCAUACCUUCCCUUCCAGCCCUCAGUCCAGGCUGGUUCCCCAUACCUUCCCUUCCAGUCCUCAGUCCAGACUGGUUCCCCAUACCUUCCCUUCCAGCCCUCAGUCCAGACUGGUUCCCCAUACCUUCCCUUCCAGCCCUCAGUCCAGACUGGUUCCCCAUACCUUCCCUUCCAGCCCUCAGUCCAGACUGGUUCCCCAUACCUUCCCUUCCAGCCCUCAGUCCAGACUGGUUCCCCAUACCUUUCCCUUCCAGCCCUCAGUCCAGACUGGUUCCCCCAUACCUUCCCUUCCAGCCCUCAGUCCAGACUGGUUCCCCAUACCUUCCCUUCCAGUCCUCAGUCCAGACUGGUUCCCCAUACCUUCCCUUCCAGCCCUCAGUCCAGACUGGUUCCCCAUACCUUCCCUUCCAGCCCUCAGUCCAGACUGGUUCCCCAUACCUUCCCUUCCAGCCCUCAGUCCAGACUGGUUCCCCAUACCUUCCCUUCCAGUCCUCAGUCCAGACUGGUUCCCCAUACCUUCCCUUCCAGUCCCUCAGUCCAGACUGGUUCCCCAUACCUUCCCUUCCAGCCCUCAGUCCAGACUGGUUCCCCAUACCUUCCCUUCCAGCCCUCAGUCCAGACUGGUUCCCCAUACCUUCCCUUCCAGCCCUCAGUCCAGACUGGUUCCCCAUACCUUCCCUUCCAGCCCUCAGUCCAGACUGGUUCCCCAUCAGCGCAGUCAUCACAGCAGCUGUUACUUUCCUGCCCCUGUAGGACCCAUCACACACACACACAUUCACGCAAACACACACAGACACACACAUUCACGCAAACACACACAGACACACACACGUGUGCACCAUUGGGGGCUGCUGAGGGGAGGACGACUCAUAAUAAUGUGUGGAAUGGGAGGAAAUGGAAUGGCAUCAAACACACAGAAACCACGGAAACCACGUGUUCCAUUGAACCACCAUUCCAUUGAAUCCAUUCCAGCCAUUAUUAUGAAUCCAUUCCAGCCAUUAUUAUGAAUCCAUUCCAGCCAUUAUUAUGAAUCCAUUCCAGCCAUUAUUAUGAAUCCAUUCCAGACAUUAUUAUGAAUCCAUUCCAGCCAUUAUUAUGAAUCCAUUCCAGCCAUUAUUAUGAAUCCAUUCCAGCCAUUAUUAUGAAUCCAUUCCAGACAUUAUUAUGAAUCCAUUCCAGACAUUAUUAUGAAUCCAUUCCAGCCAUUAUUAUGAAUCCAUUCCAGCCAUUAUUAUGAAUCCAUUCCAGCCAUUAUUAUGAAUCCAUUCCAGCCAUUAUUAUGAAUCCAUUCCAGCCAUUAUUAUGAAUCCAUUCCAGCCAUUAUUAUGAAUCCAUUCCAGCAUUAUUAUGAAUCCAUUCCAGCCAUUAUUAUGAAUCCAUUCCAGCCAUUAUUAUGAAUCCAUUCCAGCCAUUAUUAUGAAUCCAUUCCAGCCAUUAUUAUGAAUCCAUUCCAGCCAUUAUUAUGAAUCCAUUCCAGCCAUUAUUAUGAAUCCAUUCCAGACAUUAUUAUGAAUCCAUUCCAGCCAUUAUUAUGAAUCCAUUCCAGCCAUUAUUAUGAAUCCAUUCCAGACAUUAUUAUGAAUCCAUUCCAGCCAUUAUUAUAAGUCGUCCUCCCCUCAGCAGCCUCCACACACACACACACAAACACUGUGCACACACACACACACACAAACACUGUGCACUGUACACACACACACACACACACACACACACACAAACACUGUGCACAUGCACUGCACACACACACAGGCACCCACAGCUUUGUUUUUGUGAAAUAGAAGGAUUGUAAGGAGUGUAAAAUUGUUUGACCAUUAAAAAUCCUAUUUUCCCUAAACUUGUCUGUCACAUGGUGAGAUGUUGUGAUGUUGUGAUGUUGUGAUGUUGUGAUGUUGCCGUCAGACAUUUAAACCUGUCUGUCACAUGUGAAAUGUUGUGAUGUUGUGAUGUUGUGAUGUUGUGAUGAUGUGAUGUUGUGAUGAUGCCGUCAGACAUUUAAACCUGUCUGUCACAUGUGAAAUGUUGUGAUGUUGUGAUGUUGUGAUGAUGUGAUGUUGUGAUGAUGCCGUCAGACAUUUAAACUUGUCUGUCACAUGGUGAGAUGUUGUGAUGUUGUGAUGUUGUGAUGUUGUGAUGUUGUGAUGUUGCCGUCAGACAUUUAACCCGUCUGUCACAUUGGUGAGGAGGGUGAUCGUGAUUAUCCUACCUGCUCUCACCGUCUCACAUCAGAAUUAGACGUUCAUCCAUGUUCACGUCGAAUUUAGAAGUUGUUCCAAACGUGUUUAAGGUUAAGUUUAGACAUUAACUCCUAAUGGUUAAGGUAAGGGUUAAGGUAAGGGUUAAGGUAAGGGUUAAGGUAAGGGUUAAUGUAAGGGUUAAGGUAAGGGUUAAGGGUAAUGGUUAAGGUAAGGGUUAAGGUAAGGGUUAAGGUAAGGGUUAAGGUAAGGGUUAAGGUAAGGGUUAGUAAGGUAAGGGUUAAGGUAAGGGUUAAGGUUAGGUUAAGGGGUUAAGGUAAGGGUUAAGGGUAAGGGUUAAGGUACGGGUUAAGGUAAGGGUUAAGUUAAAGGGUUAAGGGUAAUGGUUAAGGUAAUGGUUAAGUUAAGGGUUAAGGUUAAGGGUUUAAGGUAAGGGUUAAGGUAAGGGUUAAGGUAAGGGUUUUUAAGGUAAGGGUUAAGGUAAUGGUUAGGUUAAUGGUUAGGUAAGGGUUAGGUAAGGGUUACGGUCAAGGUUAAGGUAAGGGUUAAGGUAAGGGUUAAUGUAAGGGUUAAUGUAAGGGUUAAUGUAAGGGUUAAGGUAAGGUUAAGGUAAGGGUUAAGGUAAGGGUUAAGGUAAGGGUUAAGGUAAGGGUUAAGGUAAGGGUUAAGGUAAGGGUUAAGGUUUCGGAUACUUUUUUGUCACUGGAUUCAAACUCUUGGAAUCAGAGGCAGAUCCUUACCCCCAUCCGCCAUCCCCAUAGCAAAACCGAAAUCUACUUGAAGGUAAAGUUGAAUACUGACUCGUAUCACGCGUGACCUGGCUGUCAUUCUCAAACUGCAUCCCAAAUGGCACCCUAUUCCCUAUAUAGUGCACUACUUUAGACCAGAGAAUGGCACCCUAUUCCCUAUAUAGUGCACUACUUUAGACCAGGGCCGCUAUAUAGGUAACAGGGUGCCAUUUGGGACGUCUCCUCGUCUCGCCCAGUUGGACCUCUGCUAUUCCUGUCAGAGAGAUCAUCAGAUUGACAGCUUCAUAUUUUGGCAGAGUCAUUUUUUCCACCUCUCCCACUCGCUAGAUAAAGACAAUCAGUGGGUUGGGGAAUGUUGUCUAAUUUGUCAAAGCCCUGACUGAGAGACUGGAAGGCUGAAAAGGCCUGGUGUAGCACGUUGGACGGUUCAGUGAUCCUGUUUAGAGGAUCCAGGAGUAGACUGGAAGGCUGAAAAGGCCUGGUGUAGCAUGUUGGACGGUUCAGUGAUCCUGUUUAGAGGAACCAGGAGUCUUGCUGACUGAGAGACUGGAAGGCUGAAAGGCCUGGUGUAGCAUGUUGGACGGUUCAGUGAUCCUGUUUAGAGGAACCAGGAGUCUUGCUGACUGAGAGACUGGAAGGCUGAAAGGCCUGGUGUAGCACGUUGGACGGUUCAGUGAUCCUGUUUAGAGGAACCAGGAGUCUUGCUGACUGAGAGACUGGAAGGCUGAAAAGGCCUGGUGUAGCACGUUGGACGGUUCAGUGAUCCUGUUUAGAGGAACCAGGAGUCUUGCUGACUGAGGUUAUUGACUCCAUUUAAUAUGAUAUAAAAUCAAAUGUAUUCAUCACAUACACAGUUUACAGCAGGUAUACAAGUUGCAGUGAAAUGUUUGCGCUAGCUCCCUCAACAACGCAGUACAUUAAUCAAUAUAUUUAAGCAAUAACGCCCGAGGGGUUGUGGUAUAUGGCCAAUAUACCACGGCUAAGGGCUGUUCUUACGCACGACGCAACGCGGAGUACCUGGAUACAGCCCUUAGCCGUGGUAUAUUGGCCAUAUACCACAAACCCCCGAGGUGCCUUAUUGCUAUUAUAAACUGGUUACCAAUGUAAUUACCAAUGUAUGUCAUACCUGUGGUAUUCGGUAUUCGGUCUGAUAUACCACGGCUGUCAGCCAAUCAGCAUUCAGGGCUCGAACCACCCAGUUUAUAAUAUCCCAUAUCUUUGGGCAUUUGGUGAAUACAUCAAUGGUGUUAGACAUCAUGUACCACAUCAACGGUGUUAGACAUCAUGUACCACAUCAACGGUGUUAGACAUCAUGUACCACAUCAAUGGCGUUAGACAUCAUGUACCACAUCAAUGGUGUUAGACAUCAUGAACCACAUCAAUGGUGUUAGACAUCAUGUGCCACAUCAACGGUGUUAGACAUCAUGUACCACAUCAAUGGCGUUAGACAUCAUGUACCACAUCAAUGGUGUUAGACAUCAUGAACCACAUCAAUGGUGUUAGACAUCAUGUGCCACAUCAACGGUGUUAGACAUCAUGUACCACAUCAAUGGUGUUAGACAUCAUGUACCACAUCAACGGUGUUAGACAUCAUGUACCACAUCAACGGUGUUAGACAUCAUGUACCACAUUAAUGGUGUUAGACAUCAUGACCACAUCAACGGUGUUAGACAUCAUGUACCACAUCAACGGUGUUAGACAUCAUGUACCACAUCAACGGUGUUAGACAUCAUGUACCACAUCAACGGUGUUAGACAUCAUGUACCACAUCAACGGUGUUAGACAUCAUGUACCACAUCAACGGCGUUAGACAUCAUGUACCACAUCAACGCAUGACUAUCAGUGAUGGAUAAUGCUACAGUCUAGAUACCACAGACUUCUCUGAUGUUGUUACGCUCCUGUUCUUCAACCAAUCACUUCCCAGUUUAGAUACACUGUUCUGACUUGUUUUAACAGAUUGUUCUCCAUCAUGUGGCUACCUAGCUGUCACCUGUUGUCUUUUACGGGUCAUGUUGUUGUUGUGUUGUUGUUGUUGUUGAUGUUGUUGUUGUUGUUGUUGUUGUUGUUGUUGUUGUUGGUCCAGGGCUGGAUCAGGUUGAAAUGUAUGACCUCUCCGGUCCUUGCACACACACACACACACACAUAUGCACACACACAAACACACACACAAACACACACACACACACACACACACACAUAGGCACACACACUAGAAGUUUGUGGCAGGGUUUACAGACAAUCACCGACUUCAAAAGGAAAACCGGCCACGUCGCCGACACCGACGUCUUGCUGCCAGACAAGCUAAACAAGUUCUUUGCCCGCUUUGAGGAUAACACAGAGCCACCGACGCGGCCCGCUACCAAGGACUGUGGCCUCUCCUUCUCCGUGGCCGACGUGAGUAAGACAUUUAAACGUGUUAACCCCUGCAAGGCUGCCGGCCCAGACGGCAUCCCUAGCCGCGUCCUCAGAGCAUGUUCAGACCAGCUGGCUGGUGUGUUUACGGACAUAUUCAAUCUCUCCCUAUCCCAGUCUGCCGUCCCCACAUGCUUCAAGAUGGCCACCAUUGUUCCUGUACCCAAGAAUGCUAAGGUAACUGAACUAAAUCACUAUCGCCCCGUCGCACUCACUUCUGUCAUCAUGAAGUGCUUUGAGAGACUAGUCAAGGAUCAUAUCACCUCCACCUUACCUGUCACCCACUUCAAUUUGCAUACCGCCCCAGGUGGUGAAGGUAGGAAACAACACCUCCACUUCGCUGAUCCUCAACACUGGGGCCCCACAAGGGUGCGUGCUCAGCCCCCUCCUGUACUCCCUGUUCACCCAUGACUGUGUGGCCAAGCACACCUCCAACUCAAUCAUCAAGUUUGCAGACGACACAAAAUGCUCAUCCAGAGGCGGCACUCCUAGUGGCCGGUGAUUUUAAUGCAGGGAAACUGAAAUCCGUCUUACCUAAUUUCUACCAGCAUGUCACCUGUGCAACUAGGGGUGACAAAACGCUUGAUCACCUUUACUCCACACACAGAUACCCAUACAAAUCUUCUCCCUUGCCCUCAAUUUGGCAAAUAAUAAUAAUAUGCCAUUUAGCAGACGCUUUUAUCCAAAGCGACUUACAGUCAUGCGCGCAUACAAUUUUUACGUAUGGGUGGUCCCGGGGAUCGAACCCACUACCUUGGCGUUACAAGCGCCGUGCUCUACCAGCUGAGCUACAGAGGACCAAAUCUGACCAUAGCUCUAUCCUCCGGAUUCCUGCUUACAAGCAAAAACUCAAACAGGAAGCGCAAGCGACCCGAUCAAUGCAGAAGUAGUCCGAUAAAGCGGAUUCUACAACCUGGACUCAGGGGCAGAUGUAACAUAAUACAUGUAAAUCUGUAACACUCCAAUUAGUAUGAUAUGUUACGUUUUGUAUGGUAUACAUUAAUUUGUGGCUGUCCAUCAUCCAUUUGCGUAUAAUAUGUUAUGAAUUAAAAUUCGUAUGAUAUGUUAUGAGUUGCAAUUCGUAUGGGGAAUGGGGAAAUAUGUCACGAAUUUGCAAAACAUAUGAUAUGGUACGAAUUCCAAUUUGUUGUCACUAAUGUUAGCUAGGUGGCUAGGUGGCUAACGCUAACGUUAGCUAGGUGACUAACGUUAGCUAGGCUAGGGGUUAGCGGUUAGGGUUAGGGUUAGGGUUAGGGUUAGGAGUUAGGGUUAGGAGUUAGGUUAAAGGGUUAAGGUUAAGGUGAUGUGUUAAGGCUGGGUUAAGGUUGGGUUAGGGCUGGGUUAGGACUGGGUUAGGGCUGGGUUAGGGCUGGGUUAGGGCUGGGUUAGGGCUGGGUUAGGGCUGGGUUAGGGCUGGGUUAAGGCUGGGUUAGGGCUGGGUUAAGGCUGGGUUAGGGCUGGGUUAGGGCUGGGUUAAGGCUGGGUUAGGGCUGGGUUAGGGCUGGGUUAAGGCUGGGUUAAGGCUGGGUUAGGACUGGGUUAAGGCUGGGUUAGGGCUGGGUUAAGGCUGGGUUAGGGCUGUCUUAAGACUGGGUUAAGGCUGGGUUAAGGCUGGGUUAGGGCUGUCUUAAGACUGGGUUAAGGCUGGGUUAAGGCUGGGUUAAGGCUGGGUUAAGGCUGGGUUAAGGCUGGGUUAGGGCUGUCUUAAGACUGGGUUAAGGCUGGGUUAAGGCUGGGUUAAGGCUGGGUUAAGGCUGGGUAAGGGCUGGGUAAGGGCUGUCUUAAAACUGGGUUAAGGCUGGGUUAGGGCUGGGUUAGGGCUGGGUUAAGGCUGGGUUAAGGCUGGGUUAAAGCUGGGUUAGGACUGGGUUAGGGCUGGGUUAGGACUGGGUUAGGGCUGGGUUAAGGCUGGGUUAGGGCUGGGUUAGGGCUGGGUUAAGGCUGGGUUAGGACUGGGUUAGGGCUGGGUUAGGACUGGGUUAGGGCUGGGUAAGGGCUGUCUUAAGGCUGGGUUAGGACUGGGUUAAGGCUGGGUUAAGGCUGGGUUAGGACUGGGUUAGGGCUGGGUUAGGGCUGGGUAAGGGCUGUCUUAAGGCUGGGUUAGGACUGGGUUAAGGCUGGGUUAGGACUGGGUUAGGGCUGGGUAAGGGCUGUCUUAAGGCUGGGUUAGGGCUGGGCUAGGGCUGGGUUAGGGCUGUUUUAAGGCUGGGUUAAGGCUGGGUUAAGACUGGGUUAAGGCUGGGUUAAGGCUGGGUUAGGGUUGGGUUAGGGCUGUUUUAAGGCUGGGUUAAGGCUGGGUUAAGACUGGGUUAGGGCUCGGUUAGGGCUGGGUUAAGGCUGGGUUAAGGCUGGGUUAGGGUUGGGUUAGGGCUGUUUUAAGGCUGGGUUAAGGCUGGGUUAAGACUGGGUUAAGGCUGGGUUAAGGCUGGGUUAAGGCUGGGUUAAUGCUGGGUUAGAACUGGGUUAGGGCUGGGUUAGGGCUGUCUUAAGGCUGGGUUAGGACUGGGUUAAGGCUGGGUUAAGGCUGGGUUAGGGCUGGGUUAAGGCUGGGUUAAUGCUGGGUUAGAACUGGGUUAGGGCUGGGUUAGGACUGGGUUAGGGCUGGGUAAGGGCUGUCUUAAGGCUGGGUUAGGACUGGGUUAGGGCUGGGUUAAGGCUGGGUUAGGACUGGGUUAAGGCUGGGUUAAGGCUGGGUUAGGGCUGGGUUAAGGCUGGGUUAAUGCUGGGUUAGAACUGGGUUAGGGCUGGGUUAGGACUGGGUUAGGGCUGGGUAAGGGCUGUCUUAAGGCUGGGUUAGGACUGGGUUAGGGCUGGGUAAGGGCUGUCUUAAGGCUGGGUUAGGACUGGGUUAGGGCUGGGUUAAGGCUGGGUUAGGACUGGGUUAAGGCUGGGUUAAGGCUGGGUUAGGGCUGGGUUAAGGCUGGGUUAAUGCUGGGUUAGAACUGGGUUAGGGGUGGGGUUAGGACUGGGUUAGGGCUGGGUAAGGGCUGUCUUAAGGCUGGGUUAGGACUGGGUUAGGGCUGGGUUAGGGCUGGGUAAGGGCUGUCUUAAGGCUGGGUUAGGACUGGGUUAGGGCUGGGUUAGGACUGGGUUAGGGCUGGGUAAGGGCUGUCUUAAGGCUGGGUUAGGACUGGGUUAGGGCUGGGUUAAGGCUGGGUUAGGACUGGGUUAAGGCUGGGUUAAUGCUGGGUUAGGACUGGGUUAAGGCUGGGUUAAUGCUGGGUUAGAACUGGGUUAGGGCUGGGUUAGGACUGGGUUAGGGCUGGGUUAGGGCUGGGUUAGGACUGGGUUAAGGCUGGGUUAAUGCUGGGUUAGAACUGGGUUAGGGCUGGGUUAGGACUGGGUUAGGGCUGGGUUAGGACUGGGUUAGGGCUGGGUAAGGGCUGUCUUAAGGCUGGGUUAGGGCUAGGUCUGUCAGAGGAUCUUGUAAAACAAGAUCAUUGACCCGCCAAGCCUCCCAGCCUCCCAGCCUCCCAGCCUCCCAGCCUCCCAGCCUCCCAGCCUCCCAGCCUGGCCCUGGGCCUCCCAACCUCCCAACCUCCCAACCUCCCAACCUGGCCCUGGGCCUCCCAACCUCCCAACCUCCCAACCUCCAAGCCUCCCAACCUCCCAACCUCCCAACUUGGCCCUGGGCCUCCCAACCUCCCAACCUCCCAGCCUCCCAACCUCCAAGCCUCCCAACCUCCCAACCUCCCAACUUGGCCCUGGGCCUCCCAACCUCCCAACCUCCCAACCUCCCAACUUGGCCCUGGGCCUCCCAACCUCCCAACUUGGCCCUGGGCCUCCCAACCUCCCAACCUCCCAACCUCCCAACUUGGCCCUGGGCCUCCCAACCUCCCAACCUCCCAACCUCCCAACUUGGCCCUGGGCCUCUCAUUACACACAGGACUUUACCCCCUCUCACAGAAACCUCUGGUCUGCCAAACCCCUUAUACACUCAUACAACCUUAGAGUUAAACUCCUGUUGGGCUUCUAGCAGUUUCUAACAAGCUGAUCUGAGGAAUCUUAAUGUACCCUGUCCGUCUCGCUCUGUUUUGAAAGUAGCUGAAUGAAUUCUGUACAGUCUGGCGAUACAAGACUUGGAAAGAUGACCAGAGAGAGUGACUUAGAGAGAAGAAAACAGAAUUGUUUUACAGUAAAGACCCAUUCAGCAUGCACUGUAGUGCUGAUCUGGGCUUAGUGACUGAAGGCUUGGCUUGAUCUGAUUGGCUGACUGAAGGAGUCACUUGGUCUGAUUGGCUGGCUGAAGGAGUUGGUUCAGGCGACCAGAGGGUGCAACAGAGUAACUGGGUUAUCAGAUAGUCCAGUCGUGUGAUCAGAUAGUCCAGUCGUGUGAUCAUAUAGUCCAGUCGUGUGAUCAGAUAGUCCAGUCGUGUGAUCAGAUAGUCCAGUCGUGUGAUCAGAUAGUCCAGUCAUGUGAUCAGAUAGUCCAGUCGUGUGAUCAGAUAGUCCAGUCGUGUGAUCAGAUAGUCCAGUCAUGUGAUCAGAUAGUCCAGUCAUGUGAUCAGAUAGUCCAGUCGUGUGAUCAGAUAGUCCAGUCGUGUGAUCAGAUAGUCCAGUCGUGUGAUCAGAUAGUCCAGUCGUGUGAUCAGAUAGUCCAGUCAUGUGAUCAGAUAGUCCAGUCCAUUGAUCAGAUAGUCCAGUCGUGUGAUCAGAUAGUCCAGUCAUGUGAUCAGAAGUAAUCAGUGAUAGUGGAGUCAUCAGGAGAGAAACAGACAGACUAAAGCUCCAUCAUACUGUCAUCUCUUCAAACUACAGCAGGUUUACCUGAGGUCAUCUACUGUCAUCUCUUCAAACUACAGCAGGUUUACCAGAGGUCAUCUACUGUCAUCUCUUCAAACUACAGCAGGUUUCCCUGAGGUCAUCUACUGUCAUCUCUUCAAACUACAGCAGGUUUCCCUGAGGUCAUCUACUGUCAUCUCUUCAAACUACAGCAUGUUUCCCUGAGGUCAUCUACUGUCAUCUCUUCAAACUACAGCAGGUUUCCCUGAGGUCAUCUACUGUCAUCUCUUCAAACUACAGCAGGUUUCCCUGAGGUCAUCUACUGUCAUCUCUUCAAACUACAGCAGGUUUCCCUGAGGUCAUCUACUGUCAUCUCUUCAAACUACAGCAGGUUUACCAGAGGUCAUCUACUGUCAUCUCUUCAAACUACAGCAUGUUUCCCUGAGGUCAUCUACUGUCAUCUCUUCAAACUACAGCAGGUUUACCUGAGGUCAUCUACUGUCAUCUCUUCAAACUACAGCAGGUUUACCAGAGGUCAUCUACUGUCAUCUCUUUGUCUCUUCUUCAUGAACUGUGCUUGUGUUUGAGGGUGUUGAUUUAACAAGGAAGAAUUCUACACUGCUACUACUACUACUACUACUACUACUACUACUACUACUACUACUACUACUGCUACUACUACUACUACUACUACUACUACUACUACUACUACUGCUACUACUACUACUACUACUACUACUACUACUACUACUACUACUACCACUACUACUACUACUACUACUACUACUACUACUACUACUAUUACUACUACUACUACUACUACUACUACUACUACUGCUACUACUGCUACUACUACUACUGCUACUACUACUACUACUACUACUACUACUACUACUACUACUACUACUACUACUGCUGCUACUACUACUACUACUACUACUACUACUACUACUACUACUACUACUACUACUCUGCAUAUGUUCCUGAAGAGAGAGUAUUAAUCCUUGUUACUGGACAUUACCUAUGGGACCCCCUCACCCCCGCCUCACCCCUGUCUCCCCCGUCUCACCCCCGUCUCACCCUUGUCUCACCCCUGUCUCCCCCGUCUCACCCUUGUCUCACCCCUGUCUUCUCCGUCUCACCCCCGUCUCACCCCUGUCUUCCCCGUCUCACCCCCGUCUCACCCCUGUCUUCCCGUCUCACCCCCAUCUCACCCCCGUCUCACUCCUGUCUUCCCCGUAUCACCCCUGUCUCACCCCUGUCGUCCCCGUCUCACCCCUGUCUUCUCCGUCUCAUCCCCGUCUCACCCCUGUCUUCCCCGUCUCACCCCUGUCUCACCCCUGUCUUCCCGUCUCACCCCCGUCUCCACCCCUGUCUUCCCGUCUCACCCCCUGUCUCACCCUGUCUCCCCCGUCUCACCCCUGUCUUCUCCGUCUCACCCCUGUUUUCCCCGUCUCAUCCCUGUCUCACCCCCGUCUCACCCCUGUCUUCCCUGUCUCACCCCCGUCUCACCCGUCUCACCCCUGUCUCCUCCCUUUCUCCCUCAUCUCCCCACAACUUCAGGACCUAUUGCCUAGUGACACUGAGAGCGCCUCUCUCUCCUCUGUCCCCCCCUCCCCGUGGCUCCAUACCUCCCCCUGAGCAGACUAUGGAGAGCCUUAAUACCGACCCUUGUCCUGCAUUAGUCUAUAAAGCUGUGUAA